AUGAGAACAGCGCUCGUCCUAUCGGCGCUCGCAGCGCUUGCCCUCGCUGCUCCUGGCGGUGGCCAAGGAGGGUUCGGCGGCGGUGAUCAAGGCGCCGGAGGACAAGGGGGCCAAGGAGGUCCCGGUGGUCAGGGCGGGCAAGGCCAAGGUGGUCAAGGAGGCCCUGGUGGUCAAGGUCCCUCCGGGGGCCAAGGUGGCCCUGGAAGCAAGGGCGGCGACAGCGGCGCCAACGGCGGAAACUGGGGCGACUGGUCUGGUCAAGGCGGCCAAGGCGGUCAGGGCGGCCAGGAAGGGCACAACGGCGGUGGUGCUCCCCAGGGCGGCGACAAAGGAGCCUACUACCACAACUCCCGCACCCCCCACACAAUCAAGUUGGUCCGACUGGGUAUCAACGACGACAACACCCCCUCCUCCGCCCCCUCCCCCAGCUCCCACCACAUCCCAUUGGCAAGACUGGUCUCAAAGCUCAACAACAACACCCCCUCCACCCCCUCCCCCAGCUCCUACUACUACAUCUCAAUGGCAAGACUGGUCAAGCUCAUCGUCCACCACUACCACUCCCAAGCCUAG